CUAAAUAUGACAUUUGACAUUGAACAGAUUGAAACUGUCAUUACCGUCAAUGUUUACGUGCGAUUAAUUAAAGAUGGCGGAAAAGACUGUGUGUGUAAUUCAACAACAAACUCGACCUAUAAAUGUGGUUAAGUUGAAAGUGAAGAUUGGGACAACAGUUUCGAUCGGUUAUCCAUUGUUAGUUUACAAUUCGGGAGAUUCCAAAAAUGAAGAACGGAAGCUCAAAUCGACGCACGCGGGAACUGUGCACAGGAUUUUGGUUAAGGAGGGCCAGGUUGUCCAACCGGGUGAAGUUCUCGUGAAACUUACAGCAUGUUCUCACCCGACUAUUAUGAACGAUAUGUGCGCAGAAUGCGGGGCGGAUUUAAGGAAAAACGACGACAUAAGCACCGCUUCCGUACCGAUGAUUCACGCCAUUCCCGACCUAAAAGUUAGCGAAGAAUUAGCACAAAAGCUAGGGAGAGCCGAUAACGAACGGUUACUGAAAGACCGUAAAUUAGUGCUGCUCGUAGACUUGGAUCAAACCCUUAUACACACGACUAACGACAACAUCCCUCCCAACAUCAAAGACGUGUACCAUUUUCAACUGCACGGGCCGAACUCGCCGUGGUACCACACAAGGCUCAGGCCAGGCACUCACAAGUUCUUAACCAGCAUACAUGAUUUCUACGAGCUUCACAUUUGCACGUUCGGAGCGAGAAACUACGCUCAUACUAUAGCCAGUUUUUUAGAUGCCGACCAGAAUUUCUUCUCGAACAGGAUUCUAUCGAGGGACGAGUGCUUCGAUCCCACCAGCAAGAAAGCCAACUUGAGUGCUCUCUUUCCUUGUGGGGAUAAUAUGGUGUGUAUCAUAGACGACAGGGAAGAUGUGUGGUCGCACGCCUCGAACCUCAUCCACGUAAAACCCUAUCAUUUCUUCCAACACACCGGAGACAUCAACGCUCCCCCGGAAAUGGACAAGCACGAAAGCGACCAGCUAGAAAAAGGCGUCGAUCUAACAAACAUCAGCAACAAACUCGCAGAAGUAGAAACAGACAAAGAUCAGACGGAAGAAAGCUCAGAGAAAAGCGAUGAUAAAGAAAACAAAGAAACCGAAUCGGCUCUUAACAACGGCGACAAAUCCAGCGAAAAUGAAGACGAUAAACCUACAGAAAGUUGUGAAAAGAAUGUGAACGAAACUAGUGAGAUUAUUACGAAUCACGACGCCGCUGUGAAUAUAGUGAAUGAAUCAAAAAACGAUAGUACAAAAGAAGGCUUGAAAAGCCCCGACGACGAUCUCAUUGAGAUCGAAGACGAAGACGAUUACUUGAUCUACCUCGAGGAAAUACUGAAGCAAAUUCACGGCGAAUUUUUCAGAGAGUACGACAAAUUGGAGUCGGGCGAAGUGCCCGAUCUCAAGCAAGUCAUUCCGAGGGUUCGGGGCAGCGUGUUGCUCGGCUGCAAUUUAGUCUUCAGCGGGCUGGUGCCCAACCAUUUGAAACUGGAGCAAUCGAAGGCGUUCCAAGUGGCCAGAGGCCUGGGGGCGAACGUGACGCAGAACAUCGGCGACGAUACGACGCAUUUGGUGGCGGUCAGACCAGGUACGGCUAAAGUGAACUACGGCAGGAGGAAAAAGAAGCUGAAAAUCGUGACGCCCGAUUGGCUGUGGUGCUGCGCCGAACGGUGGGAGCACGCCGACGAGAGGAUAUUCCCUUUGAACAGCAAAGGAUCGAAGAACCGGCACCCCCCGCCGCAUUGCAGCAGUCCCCAGCAUACCAUCAGUUACCCGGAACACGGGUUGCCGGAGAUGAGGAAAAGGACACCCAGCGGAAAGUUUAUGGAUACCAUUAAUCCUCUAAUGUCUUUUUCCAGCGAUGAUAUAGCAGAUAUGGACAAAGAGGUUGAAGAUAUCCUGGACGAUGACAGUGAUAGCAGCGACGAGGAAACUUCCAAAAAAGACGCCCCCAAUCGCACCGAAAUUGCAGCAGACGUUACUACUAAUAAUGUAAAUGAUAGCAGCAGUAGCAGCAGCGUCGAGUCCCUUUCGGCCGAGUUCCCCAGGGGGCACAAGAGGAGGAAAUUCGACGGGUUUGACGACGAAGAGGGUCUUCAAGAGCACAACGGCAGCGAUGGGGAUGACGAAUCGCCCAGUGAAAAGUUCAGGAGAGGAGAAAUAGUGAAUAUAUUGGACUAUGAGCAAGACGAUACCCAGGAUAGCGUUGAUCCUCCUGAUGAAGUGGACGAUGGGGAGUGGAAUAUGAUGGGUGCAGCCCUCGAACGAGAGUUUUUAUCAAAUGAUUGAACGUUUUUUACGAUAUUUUUUUUUGUAUGAUUUAGUAAGUUAUUUUUACUUUAUACAUGACAUGUUUGCGUAAAUUUUGUUGUAUGAAGUACCCGGACGAAAUGAUCUAUUUUUUUAAUGCGCUGGGGUCGUUUUAAUAUUACUGAUUACUUCAUAUUGCAAGCAUCAACUACAGUCCUCAUAGCAUUGUAUUUAAUAAUUUUAUGAAUAAUUGUUGAUAUGAACCAUUUUUCGAUGUUCUUAUAAAUAAUUUAAUGUUAAAUAUUGAAAAGUUGGAAGUUUUUUUGGGGAUUUUGAACCGAUGUAAAUAUUUUGUUUGUAGAAUAAAUUGAAGUUAUACAAUUAAUUUGGCUGGAUGAAGACUUCCCGAUUUAAAUUUCGGUUCAAACUCCUCGUUCUAGUCUUUUAUUUAACGAAAAUCGGAAAACUCGAUUGUCAUUAUUGGAAAUACUUGUAGACCUUUUAAAUCAAAUUGAUGACAAAAAUAAAAUUUAAUGACAU